AUGGCCUCGGUCAAUUCAAUAUCGUCUGAGAAAGACCAUGAUGAGGAGCGUGACAUCAUGCAUGACGAUGUGAUUGAGGAUGAGGAGCAUGAAGACCUCAGUGUGGAAUUGGAUGCAUCUCAGCGGGAACACCUCGAAUAUUGCCAGCGAUUAGAUGAUUUCCUUCACCCCCUGUCUUUGGAAGAGGGCGUGUUGUACAGAUUGGCGCGUCGCUUUUCCGGCACAUACCGCCAUUUGGCCCUGACAUCGGAUCAACAGUUUUUGCCAACUCCCGUGACCCAGCUACCGACAGGAGAAGAGACAGGUCGCUAUCUAGCAAUUGAUGUGGGUGGAAGUAACUUGCGGGUUGCUUUUAUUGAGUUGCUGGGCGAGGUUGAUGAUUCUGAUGCAUCCGCGGAUGCGUCAGAGAGGUCGCGCGACACCAUUCGCAAGGCUCAGCGUCAACGGGUCAAAAGAACAUUGGAGCGAGCAUGGCCCAUUCAGGAGCAUUUGAAAAUGGACAAGGCUGAAGACCUGUUUGCUUGGAUUGGUGAUUGCAUUGCUGAGGUGGUGGCAGAAAGUCUCACUUCGGAUGCAACCAGGAAAGACAUCCCUGCGGAACUAGAUAUGGGAAUUACCUUUAGUUUCCCCAUUAUGCAAGAAUCCCUUGCGGAAGCUACAUUGAUGCCCAUGGGUAAGGGCUUCGCCAUCUCAUCAAAUCUCAACCUGCGCGACAUUCUCCUGAACGGUUAUGAAAAACACACAAGACGACCCGAUGAUGAAGAGGAGCCUUCUUCCAAGCGUCGAAAGCUAUUUGCCUUGCCCAAACUAAAGAUCCAAGCCAUCACUAACGACACAGUUGCGACGCUGGCUUCACUCGCUUAUGCGGUCAAAUCGUUACCAAACAGUCGAGUCGCUAUGGGAAUUAUUGUUGGAACGGGUUGCAAUGCAACAAUUCCGAUGAAGCUUAGUGAGCUGCAUGAAUCCAAGGCAAAGAGCGUCAACGCAAUGGAGCCGGGAGCCACAGAGACUAUUGUCAACACCGAGUGGACCAUCUCCGGUGCUGCCCCGCCACUCACCGAACUGGCAAUCACUACUAAGUGGGAUGUCGAAUUGGAUAAGGCAUGCGCACGCCCUGGCUUCCAGCCAUUCGAAUACAUGACGGGAGGACGAUAUAUAGGCGAAUUGAUUCGCUUAAUUCUGUUUGACUAUCUCACCACCGUGACAGGCCUAUCGAAACGAAUCCUGCCCGCCAACCUCGUUCAAGAAUAUGCUCUUACUACCUCUUAUAUUUCCGACAAUGUAGCCCGAGCCCGAUCUGACCAAAAUCUUGCGGAGGAACUGAACCAAUCUCUGCCGCCCCCAGAGAGCAGCGACUGGCAUUGGGAUGCCCGUACAGCCGGUGCAUUCCGCCGAAUCGCUCGCGCGGUACAAAGACGAUCCGCUGGACUGAUUGCCGCCGCCGUCAUUGGACUAUUAGCAUGCUGCCGCGAAAUUGAGCUGAAGGAAGACAGCAAUGUCAACACCCCGGAAAACGCAGCCUCGCCACAAAGUAAUGGCGAUGUCUCCGCUGUCGUUACUGCUGCUGCCGCCAGCGUGGAACCAGCUACCGUCGGCCACAGUAUUCAUGGACAUGUUGUCCCAGUUCUACAGCCCACCCCGGUAGAUUGGCAAUUCGGUCCCGAAGAGCUGGUUGUAGCGUACACUGGAGGGAUUAUCCAACACUACCCACAAUUCAAAGAAAUGUGCCAGCAACAUAUCGACCGCCUAAUUAUGCGAACUGGUCCACAGAGGGGAGGCAAGUCAGUUUUCUUACGAGAGGCUUCCGAUGGUGGUGUUAUCGGCGCAGGAGUUUUAGCCGGUAUGGUUGUUAGCAAGUAA